CUCUGCUUGGCGCCUACCGCCGCCACCCCGCCCCGGCCCCGGGAGUGGCCGCGGAGUGCCCGCCGCCCACACCGGGUCUCGCGGGAGGCGGGCUCGGCACGAAAUAAAUCAGAAUGAAUUAUGCAGAAAAGCCUGAUGAAAUUACGAAAGAUGAGUGGAUGGAAAAGCUCAAUAACUUACAUGUCCAGCGGGCAGACAUGAAUCGUCUCAUCAUGAACUACCUGGUCACAGAGGGCUUUAAGGAAGCAGCAGAAAAAUUUCGAAUGGAAUCUGGAAUUGAACCAAGUGUGGAUCUAGAAACCCUUGAUGAACGGAUCAAGAUUCGGGAGAUGAUCCUGAAGGGCCAGAUUCAGGAGGCCAUUGCCUUGAUCAACAGCCUCCAUCCAGAGCUCUUGGACACAAACCGGUAUCUGUACUUUCAUCUGCAGCAACAGCAUUUGAUUGAGCUGAUCCGCCAGCGUGAGACUGAGGCAGCACUGGAGUUUGCCCAGACACAGUUGGCGGAGCAGGGCGAGGAAAGCAGAGAGUGCCUCACAGAGAUGGAGCGCACACUGGCCCUGCUGGCCUUUGACAGCCCCGAGUAGUCACCCUUUGGAGACCUUCUCCACAUGAUGCAGAGGCAAAAGGUGUGGAGUGAAGUUAACCAAGCUGUUCUAGAUUAUGAGAAUCGUGAAUCAACACCCAAGCUGGCAAAAUUACUGAAACUACUACUUUGGGCUCAGAAUGAGCUGGACCAGAAGAAAGUAAAAUAUCCCAAAAUGACAGACCUCAGCAAGGGUGUGAUCGAGGAGCCCAAGUAGAGCUGGCGCAGGCAGCCCUGGUGCCCGCAGCCAUGAUGGCACAGGACUCGCCUCCCUCGGACUGUGACUGGAA